CAGGGCUGGGUUGGACGGAGCGGGGAGUGAGUUGCCGCCUCUGGGUUAACUGGACUCCGGCGGCCAAACCUCCGGAGGCCGGGGGAGGCAGGCCGGCCUGUAGCAGAUCCCGGAUCUAGGACUUUCCGGGCCGGACCGGAAUCAGGACCGGCCCUGCCCCAAACCAGUCUGUGAGGAACUCGCGAACUUGGGUUAGGAAAUCCCGGAACCCGGAUCAACAAACACCAGAACCGGAAUUUAGAGCGGAAAGUCCCGGAGCACGGAUCGCGGAGCGGACUCGGCGCGGAGCCCGGAGUCCGGAUCGCUGCAUCGCCGGACGGGACGGAGUGAUGUCUGGCCGUGGCGCGGGCGGGUUCCCGCUGCCCCCGCUGAGUCCCGGCGGCGGUGCCGUUGCCGCAGCUCUGGGAGCGCCGCCUCCGCCUGCCGGACCCGGCAUGCUGCCCGGACCGGCGCUCCGAGGGCCGGGGCCGGCAGGAGGCGUGGGGGGCCCGGGGGCCGCUGCCUUCCGCCCCAUGGGCCCCGCGGGCCCCGCGGCGCAGUACCAGCGGCCGGGCAUGUCACCAGGGAGCCGGAUGCCCAUGGCUGGCUUGCAGGUGGGACCCCCUACGGGCUCCCCAUUUGGUACAGCUACUCCACUUCGACCUGGCAUGCCACCCACCAUGAUGGACCCAUUCCGAAAACGCCUGCUUGUGCCCCAGGCCCAGCCCCCGAUGCCUGCCCAGCGCCGGGGGUUAAAGAGGAGGAAGAUGGCAGAUAAGGUUCUACCUCAGCGAAUUCGGGAGCUUGUCCCAGAGUCUCAGGCGUACAUGGACCUCUUGGCUUUUGAGCGGAAGCUGGACCAGACCAUUGCUCGCAAGCGGAUGGAGAUCCAGGAGGCCAUCAAAAAGCCUCUAACGCAAAAACGAAAGCUGCGGAUCUACAUUUCCAAUACGUUCAGUCCCAGCAAGGCGGAAGGUGACAGUGCAGGAACUGCAGGGACCCCUGGGGGAACCCCAUCAGGGGACAAGGUGGCUUCCUGGGAACUCCGAGUGGAAGGAAAACUCCUGGAUGAUCCUAGCAAACAGAAGAGGAAGUUCUCUUCAUUCUUUAAGAGCCUCGUCAUUGAGCUAGACAAGGAGCUGUACGGGCCUGACAACCACCUGGUGGAGUGGCAUCGGAUGCCCACCACCCAGGAAACGGAUGGCUUCCAGGUGAAACGGCCUGGAGACCUCAAUGUCAAGUGUACCCUCCUGCUCAUGCUGGAUCAUCAGCCUCCUCAGUACAAGUUGGACCCCCGACUGGCAAGGCUGCUGGGAGUGCACACACAGACAAGGGCCGCCAUCAUGCAGGCCCUGUGGCUUUACAUCAAACACAACCAGCUGCAGGAUGGGCAUGAGCGCGAGUACAUCAACUGCAACCGUUACUUCCGCCAGAUCUUCAGUUGUGGUCGUCUCCGGUUCUCCGAGAUUCCCAUGAAGCUGGCUGGCUUGCUGCAGCAUCCAGACCCCAUUGUUAUCAACCAUGUCAUUAGCGUGGACCCUAAUGACCAGAAGAAGACAGCCUGUUAUGACAUUGAUGUGGAGGUGGAUGACCCACUCAAGGCCCAGAUGAGCAAUUUCCUGGCCUCUACCACCAAUCAGCAGGAGAUUGCCUCCCUUGAUGUCAAGAUCCAUGAGACCAUCGAGUCCAUCAACCAGCUGAAGACCCAGAGGGAUUUCAUGCUCAGCUUUAGCACUGACCCCCAGGACUUCAUCCAGGAAUGGCUCCGUUCCCAGCGCCGAGACCUCAAGAUCAUCACUGAUGUGAUUGGGAAUCCUGAGGAGGAGAGACGAGCUGCUUUCUACCACCAGCCCUGGGCCCAGGAAGCAGUGGGGAGGCAUAUCUUUGCCAAGGUGCAGCAGCGAAGGCAGGAACUGGAACAGGUGCUGGGAAUUCGCCUGACCUAACUGCUCAGGGAUCCCUUCCUUUCUUCCCAGCCCAGGCAUCAUCCCCUUCUCAGCCUGGAAGGGACCACCAUCUGAGGCUGCAGACACAUAGGAUAAGGAGCAGGGUGAGGGUUUGUCCUGUUACCCUCAGCUUCCCAGCGUUAGUUUCAUAAAUGUAGCAGUAGGAUUCCUUGUUGCUUGGUCCCCAAAGCCUUAUUACUUACUUUACGCGUUGGCUUUAAUUGGGUUCACAAUAAAUGCCUCUGCUCCCUGCAGGCAGGCCCACGUAGGACUACUGGGGGCCUGGCUUUGCCAUUGUAAGGGAGAAGGUUCAGAACCAAAGGCCAUUGGCUUUGCUUGUUUACAGACUCCCCCUUGGGGCAAGUGCCCUAGCUGGCUCUGGGGAGCUGGGCAAGGAAGAGAGACUCAGCUCACUCUUCCUACCCUUUCUAAACCAAAGUUCUUUGCCAUUCCAACCAGCCCAGCCUUGCUGCUGGCUUUUUCCUUUUCUUUGGGUAUUUGCACUAUUUGGGGAGCAGGUUCUUCUAUGUGGGAGCCACUUUUUUGUACAGGGGGCAAGUUGGGGUUUUUCAGGGAGCCCUGUUUGGUGCCUCCUCCCUAUUUUCUUUCCUCAAUCUAUGCAAGCGGCUCUGGCCGCCAUCAUCUCCUGGGAUGCCAGAGGGCUGCCACUCCAGCUCUUGGGCCCAGGGCUAUAAAGCCCCCUAGAGGAAGGGGACACUCCCGUUCUCUGGCUUGGCCUGAGGCAUGGGUGUGUGUGCUUGGUGGAGGGCAGGGGGGAGGGGGAACUCAUUGCCAUUUGGAGCCUGGUAAGAAGGGUGGGCCUAGGGCUUGGAAAGUGCCACUUCUGGCAGGUUUGGAAAUUUCCAAAUAAAUCCUUGUUUAUUGGUGGUGCCCAGACCUGGUCAUUGAACAGUGCGGCCACUCAUUAAUAAACCGAAGUCCUAAAGGCCUUGUCCUGCAGAGCUUUAUUUGAGGAUCUACAUGCACCAUCCACCUCACUUCCAUAGCUUCUUGAUGGACAUGUUUUUCUCACUAUCCUUCUGCAUGACCUGCAGAGAGAGAAAACAUUAAGUUACCAACUGGGUGAACACAGGCCCUAUCCCCACUGCUCUAGAGCCACCUUCAGCAAAGGCAGAAGAGAUGGAGACCCGUACCUUGGCUACCGCCAUCUCGAAGUCCUCCUGGGUGACAUGGACUCGCCGUUCCCGUAGGGCAUACAUGCCAGCUUCCGUGCACACACCCUGAGCAGGGAAAGGAAGACAGGCUGUUGCUGUGUCCUUGAACCCAGAGCUUCCUGCCUCUGCCCCUUCCUUUUCCUGGGCCCGCCGAUUACCUUCACUUCAGCCCCUGAUGCUCCUGGCAUGAGCUCAGCAAUUUUUCUCAGGUUGAUCCCCCGGGUCAGGUUCAUUUUUCGAGAAUGAAUCUUCAAAAUGUCCAGGCGAGCCUAGAGAUGAGAGGAAAAACCUGAGCCCCACUGUCCACCCCCUCAGCCAGAUCCUGCCCAGCAUUGCCCAUCACAAACCUCCUCAUUAGGGGGUGGGAAUUCAAUUUUUCUGUCAAUGCGCCCCGGGCGAAGCAAAGCCGAGUCCAGGAUGUCAAUCCUAUUAGUAGCCAUGAUAACCUGAGUGGAGAAGGGAUGUGGUAUCAGCUAGGCUCCUCCCCAGGUUGCACCUCACCCAUGGCCUUCCCUCAGCUCCUCCCAUCUCUAACACCACCUCACCUUGAUAUUCUUGGUGGCCUCAAAGCCAUCCAGCUGGUUGAGCAGCUCCAGCAUGGUGCGCUGCACUUCGCUGUCCCCCCCAGAACCCCCCUCCAGCCGUGAGGAGCCGAUGGAGUCGAUUUCGUCCA